GGGGCGGCGAUGGGAGGUGCGCGUCUGGACCGCGCAUGCGCCGCGACCGCGGGCUGAGCCCGCCCCUUCCGCUUCCGGCGCCGGGACCGCCGCCAUGCUGGGGGACCUGCUGCUCUGCGGGACGCUGCUGGUGAACGCCGGCGCCGUGCUGAACUUCAGGCUGAGGAGGAGAGACACGGAAGGCUUCGGCGAGGGGGCGAGGGAGCCCACCACCGGUGACAAUAUCAGAGAGUUCUUGCUGAGUCUUAGAUAUUUCCGAAUCUUCAUUGCCUUGUGGAAUGUCUUCAUGAUGUUCUGCAUGAUUGUGUUAUUUGGAUCUUGAAAGUCAUCCACAAACAUGUCUGGUAACUUGGAAGAGACUUUUGGCUGCAAACGUAACUUUUCUACCAAGUAAAAGAUUAUAAUGCUUUCAAAAUACGGCCCUGGGAUUGUGGCGGGUUCUUCGGUGCGAGCUCCUAACGCGCCCCAGGGACAGCACACAGCCAUCCUCCGCAGCCAGCUGUGUAACGCUGCGGGUGUGCGGGGCUGCGUGCUGCUGGGCAGGGAGCCUUCCAGCCCCUGAGCCAAAAGCUUCAAAGUAAAAUUAUUUCAACUUCACUGGGAGGAAACAAACAAACAAACAAAAAAAACUUUAAAUUGUUUUGCUCAACUCAGCAUUCGGUGCCUGGUGUGCAGCGGAGGAUUGCAGCUGACUGAAAGCCACAGCCGUACGGCUCUGCGUUGCUGGUCACUCCCAACUCCUGCUGCGUCUCUGGCAUCCCUGCGCUGUGGGUCACCUGGAAGUCGCAGGUGAUGGUUAUUUUUGUGAAGCUGAGUGAAGUAUUGGCGUAACUUGGAAAAAGAAGUCGUUUUUUUCCUCGCUAUUCCAUUUGUCUUUGGGGGAUGUAGAUAAGGGCGUCUCAAAAAAGGAUUCUCGCUUUCUCACCUUUUUUUUUUUUUCCCCAACAAAUUCGUUUUUACAAAUUUCAAAGAGAAGGGUUUUUUUUUUUUUUUUCCUGAGCAAUAUGUAAGGGACUUUGAAUAGAAAAAUACCUGUAAUCCGCUCCUGAGGAACAGUUUUGGAAUCAUUUUGGAUUUGGUUGAAUAAAAAAGUUCUAUUUAAGGGUAAAAGUA